UUGGUAACCAGCGAUCGUGCUCGGCCAUUCUGUUGGUAUGUUGUUACUGUCCUCCUAGUAUGUUGCUACGCUUUAGGAGACUUAGUGCAUGAAGUUGGACUACAGAUACAGAGACUAAUCUAUCUGCUCAUCGCUCGGACUCCGACAUCACUGAGUAUUCAUUGUGGAGGUCGUAACGGGGGUGGAAACGCUAGAUGUAUAUUCCUCGAGCGUCGUGAGAAAGAAUCAUAUCCUCCUCGUGCGGCAAUGCAACCACCAGUAGAAUCGUCUUCACGCUCAUCACCGCUCAGUGUGCAGACUAAUGCGACGAUGAGUGUCAACUUUAAGGUUCAGAUGUGGCAGAAUCGGCCACUGGACAGCGGUGUACACACGAUGACCCAUAGCCAGACUCAUGUCAACGAACAUCAGGCUCCAUCAGUGAUUUCGAUGACGUCAAUCCAUGCUGGCUCGCAGAUCUCUACCAUGUCCUCGGCUAUCGACACUGACGCGGCCGAACUAACUGACCAGCAACAGCAAAAAUUCGAGAACAUCUCCUUAGCUUUGUGCCCGACGCAUCCGGAAUAUGCGAAUGCGGAAGGAGUGAUUCCCGAGUUGAUCAAUCUCAUGAAAGACAAUGAUGAGGUGGUUGUCUACAAAGCAUUGUUCAUUAUGCAGAACGUCGCAAAAUUAGAUGCCGACAUAUCCAGAACUCCUAGUGCUCGAAUUCGUGGCGGAGACGCGGUGACGGCUAUUCUGAAUGUGCUGCAAGUGCGGCGGAAUACACCUAAUAUCAUACGUAUGGCGUUGGGAACAUUGUUCCAAAUUUGUAUACGAGGGGAUGGUCUAGACGAUGUGGCUCAUGUGAAUGCCCAGUGUAAUGGCGAGCUGAUUCGAACACUCAUUGAACACGUCAGGACAGUUCCAUUUUCUUGUUACAAAUAUGCGCUUUUGACGUUGCACAGUUUGGUCUCGGACAAAGUGCACGGUCCUCAGUGUGCGCAACAGGCACGACAGAUGGACACUAUGCAAGUUUUAUCAGAGUGGCUACAGCAUGAAAAAAGCGAGAAACUACUCCCAGUGAUUGUAGAUCUCGUACGUAUUCUCUGCGAUAAAAACCACGAACAAAAGGUUGGU